AGAAAGUACACUGAAGAGCUCUGCGUGUAUACAUUCUUAAUAAUGAUAAUAAUAAUAUGCUGGGUGAGUUAGGAGACGGGGGAUGGGCCUCCUCAGAUGUGACUCAGACUCCCUGUCAAAACCAGCGGGGAGGGGACCUGAUGAGAAAAGGGUUAGAGAAGGAGUGAUCAGGGGUGGAGUGGUGGAAAGAAAAGCCAGCCCCUCUUACACCACCCUGACUCUUUGGCAUUCACUGUCAGCGAAAACCUUAAUGUGCUCAAGAUGGAAGUUGUCUACGGACGUCUUGCUGCGCUCCGGCUCUCUGCCUGCCUCUGGUGGCUUCACUGCAUGUCCGACAGAUUUACAGCAAGGAUUCUGACAAGAGGCAAGAAAAUGGCUUACCAAAACGUAGCCUAAGGACUGCUCCGAGAGUAAGGCAGAUGUCAAGGACCGGGGGGAGAGUGGGAUUCCUAAUAAUCGAAUAAGGAUUUACAGUAAUACCUGAGAAACAUCUGUGGAAGUCCUGGCUCAUUCUUCAUCUUGCACAUCCUGCUGUACUUAUUGCCAUUAUUAUAAUCACUGGAUGAUUAAGGACCAAAAUGCCAGGAGUGGAGAACUUAAAGGAGGUGAACUUUUGUUUUUUUAAUUUUAAUUUGAAAUGCAGUUCCUGUUGACAAGAUGACCACCUGAAGGAUCGGCAGCCGUAGGACUUUUAUUUGACACCUCCCUCCCUGAACUUACCCCACCGGCGUGACCUCAUGUGGAAUGGUGCAGAUGACACUUUGUUUGAUCCAGCUCAACCUCUAAUUAAAGAGAAGACAGCGUCGACUUCAGCUCUAUGGGAUAGCAGCGGCUGUCCGCCCACCAUGCCAGUAGCCAUACGGAAAAGAAGUUGGGAAGAGCACGUGACUCAUCCUUCAGGACUGAAGUACAGCUUUGAUGAUCUGGACCUGGUCUGCUGUCAUGGAGUGGACGGCACCGGGCCCUGGACUGGAGCAGAGGCUUCACAGCAAGGUCGGAGGACAAGAUGUGCCUCUAUGCCAGAGGGCUGUCACCAGCUUUCCUCAGACGACCUUGUUGUGACAUGUGAAGCGACGGCUACUUUUGUGGAGGACAACACGGAAAAUAAACAGUUGAAUGAAAUGAGAAACCAGGAGAAUGUUUCAUUGGAUUUACAGGAUCUGGAUAUUGUUGACACAGCGUGUGUGUUUGAAAAUGCAGACACUGAAAACAAGGAUAAUCCUGGAGAAUAUCACUGCAACUCAAACAGUCUUACGUCUUGUGCAAAUCUCUCCGGUGCUGCCAUUAGCCAAAGGCUCAAAACCGAAACGGUCAGUAAUGAAGGUGAAGUCGGCGUAGAAAGUUGCUACAACGUCUGCACUGAUGCUGAUGCCUUUAAAAGGCCACAUGUCCUUCUUGUGGGGCAACAAUGCAUCUCUAUCUCUUCAAACAAUGGUCUUCCACUGUCUGGAUCUGCUGGUGUGCAAACUGGCAAACAUUCAAAUCACCAGGAAACAAAGGAGAGGCACACAGAGGGUUACAGCAGACCUGCUGAAAACCCUGACGCUACGCUCAACUGGUCACUGAUCACUGCUGAAGGAAAACCUCCAACUGACAUGCCAGAUGUUGAGAAAGAGGAGAUUUCAACAUCUGAGCACGCUGAUGCUCAUAGGAACUUCAUUAUUGGUCUUCUUCCCAGUCCAGUUCAUGUGAUGGAGGAGGCUGAUAUCAUGUGUCCGGCUGACAAAUCUGCUGCUGGAGAACCAGUUGUGAAAGCAGAAGCGAGUCAUUUAGAAAGCUGCAGCCAACGCUCUUUUGAGAGACCGCGUAUAAAAAAUGACCUAGAAACUUUAAAUGAAAAUACAGAAGUCAAACCGCAGUCGAGAGACAACGGAGGAGGAAACCGCGGUCAUCCUGACUGCACUGGGGUUUUGGAUCAGACGGGAUAUAACGAAAUAACCCACCAGAAUUCAGUGGAACUGACUAAUAUUACAGUGACACAGAUGAGUACGCCAGGGGCAGUGGAAAGUCCACAGGCAGGAAGCAGCGAGAAAUCAAACCAGGUCAGGUAUGGAGCAGCUGCAUCACCUGAUAUCUUUCCAAAAGGUCAGCUUUGUUCUACGCUAGUUAGCAGUUGUGUUUCAUUUGAAAAUGUCGAUGCUGCAUCUACAGAAAAAGAGGAGUGUGUGGCUCCACCAGCAGAGGACAUGAACACCGGCUCAGGCUCAGGUGAUGAGUCCACAUUUUGUGUCAACCAAGCAGCAGCUUAUGACUUAGAAAAUAGCUGCAAACUGGACACGAUACCAGAGGUCAGCUGUGUUGAAACUGACGACCUGACAGGAUCACAUCCUCACGACAUUUACUCAGAAUUCAUUCACUGUCAAACUGAUAGCGAUCUCACAGACACACAGCAACAGGACCAUCACCGGACAUCUUGCCGUGUGGAGAUCAAUGCUGAGCUGUCAUCGGAGGGUAUCCAUGGGAACCGUGCCUCAGGAUGUGACUCCACUAAGUCACCUGGCUCUGAGGUGACAGAUGGUCAGAGGGACGACCACAGGCCAGGAGCCACGGUUUCUAACGUGGAGGAAACAGAUGAGGCUGUGCACGUGACUGCACAUCUUACCUGUCGGAUAAAUGAAGCAGAAGAGCCUGAAGUUAUGAGAGAGGAUGCAGUCAGAAUGCGCACUAGAAAGCCGGAGCAUGCUCGACUGGACUCGAUGGUGUUGCUGCUUAUGAAGUUGGACCAGCUGGACCAGGAAAUUGAGAAUGCCCUGAGUGCCACAUCCUCCAUAGACAGCACCCCCACCCUCAAUCGACGACCUCUACUGAACCCUCUUUCCAUUCCUGAACAAGAAAAGGCUGAAAUUGAAGCGAAGGAGGCCUGUACCUGGCUCAGGGCUGCAGGUUUCCCUCAGUACGCACAGCUUUAUGAAGAUGCCCUUUUCCCCAUCGACAUUUCUUCCGUUACCAGAGACCAUGACUUCCUGGAUCGGGAUGCCAUUGAGGCUCUCUGCAGGAGGCUGAACACCCUUAACAAGUGUGCUUUGAUGAGACUGGAGAUAUCACCGCAAAGAAAGCGAAGUGAGGACUCUGAUGAAGAUGAGCUCUGUGCCAUUAGUGGUCGCUGGACCUUCCAACGGGACAGCAAACGCUGGUCACGUAUGGAGGAGCUGGAUGUUUUCUCCACACUGUCCAUGGAUGACAAAGAGGCCUCCUCAUUCCCCAAGGACCAUGUACCCCAAAAAGGCAAGCACGUCCUACAUGAAGGCAACAGUUCAGAGAGUGUGUUGACCGACCUCAGUGAGCAGCCUGAGGUGGUGUCUAUCCACAGCAGUGGGAGUGGAGGAAGAGGAGAGGAGAAAGGACAUGGUGCCACUUUGGUAAAUGAAUCUGCGCCCGCUGGUGCCACUCGUGCUAGCUCUGUUACUAGCAUGUGCUCAUCCUCGGGUACGGGAGGCUCAGGAUGUGCCAAUGAAGACUCUUUGUCUGACGGGUUGCCCCCAUCACCUUUAGAGUCACUUGGACAGUUCACUUUUGACAUGAAAACUGGGAUAGUUGGACUUGGGGGAAAUAUGGAGAGAGGAAGUGAAAGCAGCAAAAGCACACGAUCACGAGCCAAGAGUUUUCUGAAGAGGAUGGAAAGCCUGCGGCUCCGCAGCAGCUCCACCUCCAAGCGAAAGAAGAAGGGCAGCAUCACUGGAGGGAAGAUCGAAAUCAGUGGCCCUGUCAUCAAAGAGGGUCUGGAUGAUGACAAACUGAGGAGGCUGAACUGUGUGGACAUCCCCAGUAUCAGUUUCCACCAGAACCUCAAUCACCAUCGCAAUCCCACUCAGACUAUGACACUUAACAGAAAUCGCUCUGUCUCCUACUCCACCCAGACCAGCAAUGGCAGCACUGGAAGUACAGGAAGUAGCCAGUCAGAAGCCAGCAGUGGCAGUGCAGUGAGCACACCAAGCCCAGUGACCCGGGCUCGAAGUCACAGUACAGCAGCAGGGUCGAGUAAGAGAGGGGGGAUGUAUUUGGAGGGUUUUGAUCCUUUAAGCAUUCUUCAACAAACUUCUGAUCGUCAGCCAAAACCUCCACCCAAUUCAUCCAACGCCUUCAACUGCCCAGCUACUAAUGGGAUGACAGUACACGAGCAGAACCACAAAAACAACUACAGUUACCAAAGCAACGGUGGAGAACUGGGUGAAGAAGAGGAAGAGGAAGACGAGGGAAUGCUCUACUUCUACUUACCAGAAGGGCAUAAGCCUGGAACGUUUCCCAAAGCCCUGGAAGACGGUAGUUCACGGAACAACAAUGGGAUUGAUAAUGGAAACUUGGUGGUGCUUAGGGGAAGACAAAGUAGACGUCAGCGCCGCGGGUCUUCAGGCUCUGUCGACAGUCGGCUCAGUUUUUACGACAACGUCCCCUACACUGAGAGAGAGGAGGAGGUAGAGGAGGAGGGAGAUGAAGGGAAACUGGAGGAAGUGCUAAAACAUGUCAGUGGCCUGAAGCGUUUUAAUGCCUGGUCAGAGGCUGUAGUGGGUGAAGAAGAAGAGGAAGAGGAGGAAGAUGAAGAGGAAGAAGGAGACUCAGACUCUGCCUUGGACUCGGCAUCUCCUUGCCCGUCUUCUCCUCUGCAGAACCGACUAGAAGAGACUGAAAAUGGAAGUGACCAAGACAGCACAGGAAACCCACUGGGAGAAGGAGAAGAAGGGAUGAGAGAGAGAAGGGACUCUGGUGUUGGAGCGUCAUUAACCCGGACCAGCAGGCCACAGAAGCUUCGCUGGCCAAGUUUCCAGAACUCUCACAGGCCCAGCUUGGCCUCGGCACAGCUCCAGAUUAGUUGCCAGUCAGUGUUACAGAUGAAUCUGCUCCAGAAGCUCUCCCUGCUGCAGCUCACCGCCCUGCUGGAGAAACAUACUCCUGCAAACAAACACGGCUUCAGCUGGGCCGUGCCAAAGUUUAUGAAGCGAAUUAAGGUGCGCGACUACAAAGACAGGAAUGUGUUUGGUGUGCCACUGCAAGUCAUCGUCCAGAGAACUGGUCAGCCCCUCCCUCAGGGAAUCCAACAGGCCAUGCGCUUCUUGCGUAAUCAGUGCCUUGACCAGGUGGGUCUUUUCAGGAAGUCAGGAGUUAAGUCUCGAAUCCAAGCCCUGCGUCAAAUGAAUGAAGCCAGCGGUGCGGACGGGGGCGGAGUGAGCUACGAGGGCCAGUCGGCGUACGACGUCGCGGACAUGCUGAAACAGUACUUCAGAGAUCUGCCAGAGCCUCUGCUCACAAGCAAACUGUCAGAGACCUUCCUGCAGAUUUAUCAGUACAUGCCAAAAGAGCUCCGUCUACAGGCAGCCCGUGCCGCCGUGCUGCUGCUGCCUGAUGAGAACCGUGAGGCACUGAGGACACUCUUGUGUUUUCUGAGCGAUGUGACGGCCAGCGUAGCCGAGAACCAGAUGACUCCCACCAACCUGGCCGUUUGUCUGGCACCGUCGCUCUUCCACCUCAACACCCUGCGCCGCAAGGAGAGCUCCUCACCCAGGGUGAUGAACAGGAAGCAGAUUUUGGGAAAGCCGGACCAGAAGGAUUUAAAUGAGAACCUGGCUGCCACUCACGGUGUGGCACACAUGAUCCAGGAGUGCAGGAAACUCUUUCGGAUACCAGAGGAGAUGAAUCGCUGCAGGAACUCUUACAUGGAGCAGGCUCUUCUGCCUCGAUGCAUUAAGGAUCUCUGCGACGAACAAGCCGGAAACGGAGGUUACCGCACGUACCUCCGCAACCACCUAGACGCUCUCCUCAAGGAAGCCAAAGACAAGUUCAGAGGCUAUGACAGCUGCUCCACGCCUGAGCAGGCAGAGCUGGCCUGCAGAAAGGUCCAUGAUGGUUUUCCACUGCGACAGUGGAAGGUGACCAUCGAGGUGCCUGCAAGUCCAGAGGAGGUGCUGACUCGUGUUCUACGAGAGCAGGGCCACUGGGACGAGGACCUGCUGGAGAGCCGAGUGGUGGAGAGCCUGGACGACAAGAUGGAAGUCUACCAAUACGUCAGAAACACAAUGGCCCCCCACCCCACCAGAGACCAUGUGGUGCUCAGGUCAUGGGUCACAGACCUGCCGAAGGGAGCGUGUGCACUGGUGUGUACAUCUGUGGACCACGAGGGAGCACCUGUUGUCGGCGUGCGGGCCAACGUCCUCACCUCACGCUACUUCAUAGAGCCCUGCGGAAGCAACAAAUCCAGACUCACGCACAUUUCUAGAAUCGACUGCAGGGGUCGUUUUCCAGAGUGGUACAACAAACUGUAUGGACACUUGUGUGCUGCUGAAGUGGUGCGGAUACGUGAGUCCUUCUCUGCACCCUUGGACAAAUGAGGAAGCGGUGCCCUGGUUUCCAAAGACUAUUUUCUUAAACCUUGGCAUGUCGUACCAUCAUUUGGAUCCGACUUUGGACACCAAAUGACUCAUUCCUCCCUUUUUUAGCAGAGUCGACUCAGUCCAAACCUCUGUGUACACACAUUUAAAGGACAAACCCUGAAUCCUGGAUUGAAGGACGUUUAUUUUGUUGUGUUUUUUCGCUCUGAUCGUAUUACAGCAGACUGAUUUCUAAAAGUGUUUUACUGAAGCUCUGAGUCUGCUGCCAGCAGGACUCGCGCCACACAAACACGUAUCUGGGCCAAAGGACAUGAUGUCACCGAUACAGGAUGCGAGGUUCAAACUUUAUCUAAAGAAUGAUAUUGCUUCUGAGAAGCAAAGGGAUUCAGUGAGUGUGUGUGUGUGUGGUCACGUAUGUGUGUGUGUGUGUGUGUGUACACUAGGAUUCUGUGAAAGAAACAAACUCUUGCACUGGUCACCAGUGGCAGUGUAUUGUGGAUACUCAGUGGACGGUGAAAGUCUUCUGU